CGCUUCCUUACCUGCGGAAAAGUAAAGGAAGUAUUGUUAACAUGACGAGUACAGCUGCUCGCAUUGGCGCCAGUUUGUCUACGACUUACUGUGCAACUAAAGGCGGUUGUCUGUCACUUACAAAAGCCCUUGCCAUUGACGAAGCAAAACACGGUGUAAGAGUUAAUUCGAUUUCCCCUGCUUGCAUAGAUGCACCAUUAAUGCGUAGGGUUGAACAAGUAGGAGGACAAGAAAUCAGUGAAGACAGAAUGAAAUGCUUGGGCUCUUUGCACACAUUGAACAGAAUCGGUCAGCCAAGGGAAAUAGCAAAGGCCUGUUUGUUUCUGGCUGUAGAUGCCACGUUUACUACAGGCAAGGAGCUGAUGUGCACCGGCGGGAGUGAAAUAGGAUAUGGAGUUAAACAGUGAUUUCAGUGUGAAAUGAGAACUCCAAGUUUCGUUGUAUCAUUAGUUAUCAUUAUAUCAGCUACAUGAUAAACAUUUUGUUAAUAUAUAAACUUCAAAGCGGACGUAGAUGUACACAUUUUAUUACAUAUACAGAUAAAUAUACACAUCUUCAAAACAAAUGUUGAAAUAUCCAUAUUUUGUUUUCUUCAUAAACCUUGUGAUGUUAAGACAGC